GUCCCGCGACGCCAUCUUGACGGACGUGUUUUUCCGCCGAUUGUAAACAAAUCGCCAAUUCUCGGGUUUCCGUCUUUGGUAUUUUCUCCUUCCUUUCUUCUUCCCCCUUUCUUUCGUUCGGUGAAUAAGCAACCAUGUUUUACGCACAUUUUGUGCUGGCCAAAAAGGGCCCCUUGGCCCGAAUUUGGCUGGCCGCGCAUUGGGAUAAAAAGCUCACAAAAGCCCAUGUCUUUGAGACCAAUAUUGAGAAGUCCGUUGAUGGUAUCUUGCAGCCAAAGGUAAAGAUGGCCUUGAGAACGUCAGGUCACUUGCUGUUGGGUGUGGUAAGAAUUUACUCCCGAAAGGCCAAGUAUCUCUUGGCUGAUUGUAAUGAGGCCUUUGUCAAGAUCAAAAUGGCCUUCAGACCAGGCAUGGUCGAUUUGCCAGAGGACAUCAGGGAGGCAGCAGUCAGUGCCAUCACGCUCCCAGAGGUGUUCCACGACUUUGACACUGCCAUGCCAGAGCUGAAUGAUGUUGACAUCCAGGCGCAGUUCACUCUCAACCAGUCACGUGCUGAAGAAAUCACAAUGAGGGAAGACUAUGGCAACAUCUCUUUGGUGACAGGCGAUGAUGGCUUUGGAGACAUGGGCUUUGAGGAACCCCCGGACAUCAUGAGGGAUGCAUCUGCCAUGGACCAGACCUUAGACCACCCUAACCUGAUCUUUGGCGACAACACCCCCUUGGACAAAGAGAAGGAACCCAGUGCAUCCAAGGAGCAGGACUCGAGAUUAUCCACUGCAAGGGCAGAUGUUCUGAGCAUGUCGACAAGAAACAUGGACCUCAACAACCAGAUGAUGUCACCACAAGCCCCAGAGACCCCAGCACCUCCAGCCCCUUUGGAAGAACAGCCUCAGCCUGCGCAAACACCUGCCCCUGGUGGCGAUGUCAUUACUCUAGACGAGGCUGCCGAGAACCCACAAACUCCGGGCAUUCCCGACGAGGCAGUUCCUGCCAACCAGGAAGCUGUUCCACCAGAGACCCCAGCCCCAGCUACUCCUUUCCACAAUGCAGAACAGCCACCAGAAAGUGUGCCAAGUCAGAAUCAGCCUCAGAUGGAAAAUCAUGGUUACGAGGAGUCCCACCCCCCAGCCAACACUCCAGGGGGUUUGUCAGAUGGUGGACCGAGAUCAAAUUAUUCAGAACGGGCAAAUACCCCUACUACACCAUUCAGACAGGACGAGGCCCAUGAAGAGGAGGAGGAACAAGCAGAUGAUGAAACUUAUGAACAGUUUGAAGAGCGUGUGGUCAACAAGCGUGCUGGACACAUGUUCCACUCCAUUAAGAGGAGGCUAAGAAGCAACAACAUCUUGUUCUCUGACAUGGUUCACCAGAACAACAGAAAGCAGGUGGCACAGAAGUUCUACACGAUGUUAGUGUUGAAGAAGCUCCAAGCAGUAGAGCUGCAUCAAGAGGGUCCUUUCACUGAAAUGUUCAUCAGCAGAGGUGCAUUGUUUGAGAAUGCAUCCUUAUAAAUGCACCCUUCAUUUGGUGAGAAAAGAAAUGGUUAUUAUUACUGUUGUAAUCUUUUAUUUAUUGUAUAAUAUUUUAUAAAUGUAUUGUUGGUAUACCAAAUUGUAAUUGGAUCACCUAAUGCCAAGGCCUGGAUCUAAAUCCUGGUCACAGUACCUUUUAGGAGUGAUAUAUUGUCAGGGCGUGUCUUUUGUGAGGGAAAUAUUCAAAAUUACUUAAAUGAUAUAUAGUAACUUUGUUGAAAAUGAAUGAUUAUUAAGAAUAUAAUUA